AUGCCUAUGAGUAAGAAUAAACUGUUUUUACUACUGGGAAUGAUCUGUUUGCAACAAGGUAAAUCUGCAACUCUCUCUCUUUCCAAAGCUUCCACUUGUGGGCAGAGUCAAGUGAAGGCACAGCCCUGGAAUUACCUGAAUGGUUUUAGUCGCAUUGUUGGGGGAAGCCAAGUGGUAAAGGGCUCUUACCCAUGGCAGGUGAGUCUCAGAGAACAUUAUCUGGUGGGUAGACUAUGAGCUCUCAAUGAAAUCAAUUCAUUCUACUACUUCCUCUUUAAUAGAAAUACUGCAUCGACUUUGAAUGUUACUGCUGGAAAACAUGACUUGAGCCAUAAAGAGCCAGGAGAGCAAACCCUCACCAUUGAAAGCAUCAUUAUACACCCCCAAUUCUCCACCAAAAAACCAAUGGAUUAUGACAUUGCUCUUUUGAAGAUGGCUGGCACCUUCCAUUUUGGCCUGUCUGUGGGGCCCAUGUGUCUUCCAGAGCCAGGAGAACAAUUUAAGGCUGGAUUGAUUUGCACGACUGCAGGCUGGGGCCGCCUGACUGAAAACGGCAUCCUCCCGCAAGUCUUGCAAGAAGUGAACCUGCCCAUCUUGACCCAGGAGGAGUGUGUGGCAGCUCUGUUAACCCUAAAUAAACCUAUCAGUGGGCAGACCUUUCUCUGCACAGGCUUCCUUGAUGGAGGCAGAGAUGCCUGUCAGGGAGAUUCAGGAGGUUCCCUCAUGUGCCGGAAUAAGAAAGGGACUUGGACUCUCGCUGGUGUGACUUCCUGGGGCUCGGGCUGUGGUCGAGGCUGGAGGAACAAUGUGCAGAAAGACGAUCAAGGAUCCCCUGGGAUCUUCACAGAUCUUAGUAAAGUGCUUCCCUGGAUCCGCAAACACAUCCACAUUGGGAAACGGAGAAAGAGCUCCAGAGCCGCCUGCAGGGAGAAGGAUCCUGUAGUCAGGGAGUCAGAGGGGGAGCUGCACUUCCCAGAGAGCCCCUACCUCUAUUAUGACAGCAAGCAACUUUGUGUCUGGACGCUGUUGGUACCCGAGGACAUGCAUGUGUUACUCAGCUUUUCCCACUUGGAUGCAGAGUCUUGUGACCACAAUUACCUGUCAAUGCAUUCUUUAGAAGACAGACUUCUUGGGAAAUUCUGUGGAGAAAGCCUCGUUUCAUCAGUUCUUGUUGCCUCCAACUCUUUGAGGCUGAAGUUCAACUCUGAUGCCACAGAUUAUGCCGUUGGUUUUAAUCUCACCUACAAAGCUCUUAAGCCAAACUACCUUCCUGAUUCUGGCUGCAGUUCCUUGGCCGUCCUUUUUGAAGAAGGCCUCAUACAGAGUCUUCAUUAUCCUGAAGAUUACAAUGACAUGGCCAACUGUAACUGGGUAUUUCAAGCCCCCAAACACUACCUAAUUAAGCUUUCCUUUCAGAAUCUGGAAAUAGAGGAGAGUGGAGACUGCACUUCCGACUACGUGACAGUGCACGGGGAUGUAGAAAGGAAGAAGGAAAUAGCUCGGUUGUGUGGCUUUGCUGCCCCAGCCCCUGUGCUGAGCUCCUCUGGUGUGAUGCUCAUCAGCUUCCAGUCAGAUGAAAAUGUGACCUUCAGAGGCUUUCAGGCUACAGUCUCCUUCAUCCCUGAAACAGUAUACCCAGAUUUAAACAUCUCCAGAUCAGAGGAUGAGUCGAUGUUUCUGGAGACAUGGAAUGUCCUUCCUGAAGAAUACAAUGAGUCCGGUCUGAGGCUCCCGGCCCAGGCUGGGAGCCAUUCCCCUGGAAACUGCAUGUGCUGCCCCACUUACUUCCUGUUGUCUCGACAGCCCAAGCUGUGA